GCUUCCGGAGCCAGUGGUCAGUUGUGCUCGGUGGUGAUUGGGCUAAUUCAAAUUCACGUCGUCCAAUGAUUGAGCGGCUUUCGCGCGGGCUCUUCCCAAACGCACCAAUGGGCGCUGCGUCGCCGGCAUAAAGUCCGCCGCCCGCCCACUUUGCGUUCACUAGUUUGCGGCGAAAAUGGCGAGAACCAAGCAGACGGCCCGCAAGUCGACCGGCGGCAAAGCCCCCAGGAAGCAGCUGGCCACCAAGGCCGCCCGCAAGAGCGCCCCGGCCACCGGCGGCGUCAAGAAGCCUCACCGCUACAGACCCGGCACCGUGGCCCUCCGCGAGAUCCGCCGUUACCAGAAAUCCACCGAGCUGCUCAUCCGCAAGCUGCCCUUCCAGCGCCUGGUCAGGGAGAUCGCUCAGGACUUCAAGACCGACCUGCGCUUCCAGAGCUCGGCCGUCAUGGCUCUGCAGGAGUCCAGUGAGGCUUACCUGGUCGGCCUGUUCGAGGACACCAACCUGUGCGCCAUCCACGCCAAGCGGGUCACCAUCAUGCCCAAGGACAUCCAGCUGGCCCGCAGGAUCCGCGGAGAACGGGCUUGAGUGCCUCCGAACCAAACCACAACGGCUCUUUUCAGAGCCAACGCA